GCGCAGCUCUUGAAUAGGGACGUGCAUGAUGCGAAAUUAAGGCGUCACCAGAGUUGGAAAACACUAGACUUUUUUGGCGCGGAUUGACCCGUCUAUACUUUGCGCUUCUGGCCUUCCGCGAGCCAGCAAGAAUGGCUACCAAUCUGGUGUGCUUUAAUGAGUCGACGAAAAAGUUUGAGAUACCCGACGCAACCGUCAAGCUUCUGCGCUCCCUCAGCGGGCCUGUGGUGUGUUUGGGCGUUUGUGGAAGGGCUCGCCAAGGCAAAAGCUUUCUGCUGAACCAGUUGGUGAACAAGCUGCAUGGCCAAGCCGGCAGUGGAGGGGGCUUCACCGUGGGCAACACCGUGCGGCCGUGCACUAAAGGCCUGUGGCUGUGGUCCAAGCCCAUCCCCCGUACCCUGCCCAGCGGUCAGACCUACCACCUGCUGCUGCUGGACGCGGAGGGCAUUGACUCCUACGACCAGACAGCCGACUACUCCAACCACAUCUUCAGCCUGGCGCUGCUGCUGUCCAGCCUGUUGGUGUACAACCAGAUGGGGUCCAUCGACGAGUCCUCGGUGGACAAGCUGGCCAGCGUGUGUGAAUUCGCCAAGCUCAUCCGCGGCAAGGCGGACUCCUCCUCCGCCUCCGCCUCUUCCUCUGCUGCCGACAGCGCGGCACUGCUUCGGGACCUGGCCCCCUCCUUCGUGUGGCUGCUGCGCGACUUCCAGUUCCAGCUCACAGAGGACGGCCGCCAGCUGACCGUGCGCGACUACAUGGAGGAGGUGCUGCGGGAGCUGCCGGGGGCGGGCGAGGCGGUGCGCAGCAAGAACCAGAUGCGCGCCAGCAUCAAGUCGCUGUUCCCGGAGCGCGACUGUCACGCGCUGGUCCGGCCCAUGCUGGACGAGUCGCGGCUGGCGCGCAUGGACGCCCUGCCGCCCAGCGAGCUGCGGCCCGAGUUCAGGAAGGGCCUGGACUCGCUGGUGGAGCUGCUGCUGUCGCGCGCCCGGCCCAAGAGCCUGCGCGGCAGCCUGCUCACCGGACCGGCGCUGGCGGGGCUGGCGGAGGCGUACGUCAAGGUGAUCAACGGCGGCGGUGUGCCCGCGCUGGCCAGCACCUGGGGCAGUGUGGUGGCGGCCGAGUGCCGGCGCGCGCAGGAGGCGGCGCUGGAGACCUACCGGGCGGGGCUGGACAAGGCGCGGCCGCCCGAGGUGGGUGUGGAGGCGCUGGAGGCCGCGCACGGCUCGGCGCUGGAGGCCGCCCUGGAGCUGUUCAACAAGCAGGCUCUGGGCGAGCCGGCCGAGCGCGAGCCCUACCUGCGCCGCCUGCGCGAGGCGGCGGCGGCGGCGCUGGAGCCGCUGCGCGUCGCCAAGCGGGCGGAGGCGGAGGCGCGGCGCAGCGCACUGCUGGCGGCGGCGGGGCAGCGCUUCAUGGCGGCGGUGCGCGGCGGCGAGGCUGCCGCGCUGGGCGAGGCGGAGGCGGCGCUUCACGCCUUCCUGCAGGAGUACGCGGCCGCCAGCAACCUGGGGCCGGACAAGUACAUCAAGGCCGCGGAGUUCCUGGCGGGUGUGGUGGUGCCGGAGCUGCGGCGCCUGGCGCAGGGCUGGGCGGGCAAGGCGGCGGCGGCGGCGGAGCGGCUGGCGCAGCUGGAAGCCAAGGCCGCAGAGCUGUCUGCCAGUGCUGCAUCCCUGCGCGCCUCCAACGACGCCGCGGCGGCGACGGAGGCCAACUUGCGGCGGGAGCUGGCGGCGGCGACGGCGCGAGCCGGCGAGGCGGGCGCGUCGCUGGCGGCGGCGCAGGCGGCGGCGGAGGGGACGGGCCGGGAGGCGGCGGCGCUGAGGGAGCAGCUGGCGGCGGCGCGGGUGGAGGCGGCGGGGCGCGGGGAACGGGCGGAAGCAGAGGCAACACGACUGCGCUCCGAGCUGGCAGUGGCCCAGUCGCAGCGGGCAGCAGCCGAGGCGGCGGCGGCCCAGGCGGCGGCGGCGCGGCAGGCGGCCGCGGCGCAGGCAGCAGCGAGGGAGGAGGCGGUGGAGGCGGCGCGGCAGGCGGCGGAUGCCGCGCGGGCCGACGCAGCUGCUGCGCGGGCGGCGGAGGCCGAGUUGCGCUCCCAGCUGCAGUCCCGCUCCGCCGCGCUGGCCGCCGCCGAGGCCACGGCGCGCAACCUGCAGCAGGAACGCCACUUCCUGCAGGCCCAGCUGGAGGACCGCCACCGCCGCCUGUCCGCCGCCGAGGACGCCACCGCCGCCGUGGCAGCAGCAGCGGCCGCCGCCGCCGCCGCGACCGCGCAGCACGCCACGCCGCCGCCCGCCGCCGCGCCGGCCGCCGCCACGCCCGCGGCUGCAGCGGCCCCUGCUACUGCUGCUGCUGCUACAGCUGCCGUGGCCGGCCGCAAGCGCAACCAGCGGGAGGCGGGGCUGCCCGCUCGCGAUGAUAUGGAGAUGGAGGAGGCGGCUGCUAAUGCGGCGGCGGCCGCUGCCGCUGACGACGACGACGACAGCGCGGAGAUGGUGGAUGCCGAGGAGGGCUCCCCCGGGGUGGAGGUGGUGGAGGUGGCCGAGGUGGUGGAGGCGGCGCCCGCCUCCGCACGCCGGAAAGGCCAGCGUGGCGCUGCGGGGGCUGCGGCGGCGACACCAGCCGUGGCGGGCACGCCAGCCGCCGCCGCGGCGGCGCCGGACACCACCAAGCGGCGGCGCGUCACCGCCGCACGUAGCGGCGCCGGCGGCGCCGCUGCGGCGGCUACGCCCGCGGCUGCCACACCCGUGGCAGCUGCCACACCCGCGGCGGCUGCGGCGGGAGAUGCCGCUGCUGCCGCUGCUGCUGCUGGGGCGGGGGCGGACGCGGCGGGCGAGGGCGGCGGCCGCACGCCCUUCAGUGUGGAGAAGGAGGUGGUGCUGACGCGCAAGACGCCGGGUAGCGCGGCGCGUGGCGGCGCUGCCGGCGCGGACGCGAGCGGCGGGACACCUUCUGGCGCUGCCGCCGCCACGCCGCCCCGGCCGCCGCUGCCGCCCAACCUGGAGUCCAUGAAGGUGAACGACAUCAAGGACUACCUCACGCAGGCCGGGCUGGAGGCGGCCGUGUUCGAGCUGCAGGCCAAGGGCCGGCCGCAGAAGAAGGAUUGGGUCGCCCUGGCCAAGUCCAAGUGCGGGCCGCCGUAGCCGUGGCGAGCUGUGCAGGCUGAGGAGGAGGGAGGAAGGGAGACAUGGGGAGCCGGCGAGCCAGCCCGCAGGGGCGGCGUUGCCGGAGGUCGGUGGACGCGCGGUAACUCACCAGGUGCUGGAUCGUGGUGGUCUAGCCGCUAUUUCUGCAGCCGGCACCCAGACAAAUGACCGCGUGCAUGGGCCCGCGUUUUGCGGUUGUAUCUGUGUUUGAGUACGCCGGGUGUAGCUGCAGCUGCGGAGAUCACAAUCCGAAGGAACGGGAGGUCCCUUCCGCCGCACUAAGAGGGCAUCAGUACCGCACAAGCUAUAAAAUUGUAUAACUACCUAUUUUAGGCGAGCUGAUUUUCUGUCUUGCAAUCAGAGCCGACUCUGUAGUGCUCACGGCACCCGGUGGCCGGGCGGAAUACGUAGCACACCUGCGCAUAUAUUUUGCCUGCAGACUGCGUAGAUGGAGACGCAAGAGCCAGCCGGCGCCGGACGCGCUCGAGUUGAGCUGACGGACACUGUUUUGGGCUGGGGGCGAAGCAGCACCGUGCGACUUGGACGGUAUUUUAGCUCGGAGGACCC